AUGUCAAUGGAUUUGGAAGCAAUGGUCUAUUCGGCGAUAUUGUGCAGUUGUUUGACGUCAUUGACUGUGAUCAUUUUGAACGGUAUUUUGCUGUGCUAUCUGGAACAUGGACUUGCAACAUCCGAAAUUGCGGCAUGCGAGGAGAAAUUCGUUGGCGCUUUACGAACAGCCAAAUUUGCUGCUGCAAGUUUUACUAUUGUUUCUGCUGUUUGCCGAUCAUCUCAGAAUUUCUCCAUUUUCUCAUAUCUCUCACGUUAUCAAACUUUCCUACUUCUCAUAUCCCUCAUUUUAUCGAAUUAUCAAUUUUUCCUAUCACACAUCUUUCACUUUACCGAAUUAUCAAAUUUUCAUAUCUCAUAUUACCGAAUCAUCAAAUUUUCGCACCUCAUAUUCCUCAUUUUAGCGAAUCAUCAAAUUUUCCUAUCUCACAACCUUCACUUUAUCGAAUUAUCAAAUUUUCCUAUCUCAUAUCCCCUAUUUCACCGAAUUCCCUCCCCAGAAAUUCCUACCACUCAUUCCUUCACGCUUUAG